AUGGCGCUUUCCGACGAUGAGCUUUCUGCGGCGGACUUAACAAAUGCACAAAAUAAUUGGAUUGAAUGGCCUUCCAGAAAACACUGCAAUAAUCUCCCGCCCGGAGCCGUCACCGGCUUUGAAUGGAAAGAUUACUGUCCGAGAGCUUUCAGACUUAUACAAGAGCUUGAUAACAUCGACAAAGACGACUACAUGAUAUUAGUCUGCAGUGACGAAACCAUUCGGAAGGUCACUUCCACGUCGAGACCUGGAAACAUGUUCCUCUUCUCCAACGACACCGGGUUUGCCAUUAAAACUCUAAGGAAAUCCGAGGUCAAGAUACUCUUGGAAAUGCUUCCGGGCUAUUAUAGCCAUCUUAAAAGGUUCCGUAACACGGUAUUGAACAAACUGUACGGAGUCCAUGCGGUGACACCAUUCGGAGGCACAAAGGCUUAUUUUGUGGUCGUGGCCAACAUAUUUAAGUCUGAUUUGUAUAUGCAUCGGUGUUACGACCUUAAAGGCUCGUUACAAGGUCGAAAACUCGAGAAAAUGCGGUACCGAGAUAAAAUUCUGCAUAAAGAGUCUGAUCUUGAUUUUAUCUUUUACAUCAAACCGCUGGUCCGACAAAGGCUUUUGAAGCAAAUCCAACAUGAUUGUGCUUUCUUGGAGGCCACAGGCAUCAUGGAUUACAGUCUAAUGCUUGGAUUGCACGUAAAGGAAUCUCCAAAAGGUUGUGCUGACAGCAGAUGCUCUAACAAUGGAAUGAGAGUUUUCGAUGUCGAGUUGCAUCAAAGUGAUUUGGCCUCACGAAGACCAUUCCUCGCUUCAUAUGUGACUCUUGUCCAAAUUGUGAACGGAAGAGAGUUUCGGCGGUCAGUGGCUCGAAACAAUAGAUCGGGAAGUGCAUUACCAUGUCGAAAUGUCACGGUGAUAGAGUGCUAUGAUGUUCUUCUGUGUUUCGGGGUAGUGGAUUUCUUCCAAAACUACAGCGUGAUCAAGCGGAUCGAGCAUGCUUACAAGUCGUUGCAGUUCGACCGGAGGAUGAUCGCGGCCGUACAUCCGAAAGCAUAUUCGUCUCGCUUCCAGGAGUUCAUCAGUGACAUAUUUAAAGCAGAUGAGUGUCUCACCUGAACUCAUUUCUAUUAUCUAGGAUU